UUAAAAUCCAAAUACAAGUAACACCUCAAGGUAUUUUUUUUUCUUUUCUUUUUUUUUUCAUAUAUGGUUUACUGGCAAGACCGCACGGCCAGUCAUUUCAAUAUCUUUCUUAACAAAGGAGAAUGGUGGCCUGGGAGCUUGUGUUUACUCGGCGCACUGGAUGCUGCUAAUCUUCACAACCAUCCUUCAGAGGAGGAAUUGUUAUGUGCUUUUACAAAUAAACAAGCAGAGAGGUUAAUUUUCAGAAGCCCAUGCGACUACACGUGAUGGGAGCAGGAUUUGCACCUAGAAAUUCAGGGGAAAGAGGCAUGGAUAGGAGCAGUUAGCUGCCAGAGGGGUAGCUGCCAGGUGUUCAGGAGGCUCUUCUGUCAUCUGUCUACCUACAGACUGAUUUGGUUCUUGGCAGCAGUGAUGCUAUGCAGGGCGCAAGUCGUGACCCAAAAUGAAAAAGAACUGCUGAACACGCCUGCUUCCUUAAGAUGCUCUCUGCAAAAUUCCGAGGAAGUCUUGAUUGUGACAUGGCAGAAAAUCAAGGCUGUUAGCCCAGAAAACAUGGUCACCUUCAGCAAGAACCAUGGGGUUGUGGUCCAGCCUGCUUAUAAAGGCAAGAUAAACAUCACCCAGCUGGAACUCAAGAACUCAACCAUUACCUUCUGGAACACCACCCUGGAGGAUGAAGGGUGUUACAAGUGCCUCUUCAAUACUUUUGGUUCUGGGAAGAUCUCGGGAACAGCCUGCCUCAGCCUCUCUGUACAGCCCACAGUGUUCCUUCAGUAUAAAUUCUUUGAAGACCGCCUAAAUAUCACUUGCUCUGCCAAUGCCCGCCCAGCCCCUGUGAUCUCCUGGAAAGUGUCUGGGUCAGGGAUUGAAAACAGUACUGAGGUUCUCUUGCACCCCAAUGGGACCACGUCUGUCACGAGCGUUCUCCAGGUCAAAGACCCCAAGCGUCAGGUGGGGAAGGAAGUGGUCUGCCAGGUGCUGCACCUAGGGAAUGUGACCAGUGUCACGCAAACUGUGGAUAAAGGGUUUUGGUUUUCCGUUCCGCUCUUGUUAAGCAUUGUUUCCUUGGUAAUUCUUCUGGUCUUAAUCUCAAUCUUAUUAUACUGGAAACGUCGUCGGAACCAAGACAGAGAACCCUAGAGGAAUCACACAGAACCCAGAAAAGUUACUCCCUGGUCUACUUGAAUCUGACUCAGGAGGAAGGCAGGAGGAAAAAGGUCAUUCUCUAAGGGACAUAAAGAGCA